AUGAAAGAAGGAGUCAUUCGUAGGCUAAAGGUAGCGUUCAACACAAAGGGGAGUACCGUGGAUGAAACAAACGAACAACCCAACACUACCGAGCUUCCUACAAUCAUAGAUGUAUUCGAGCCAUGUACAGCACAGCCUACUACGAGUACUACCCCAGUUCUCAAUGAACCAUGGGUGACCAACGAAGCUCGUGAUGUCGAUUCUGAACCACUCUCUGGGCAUAAAAAUCACCAUGCCAAGGAGACGACCGUGCCAGUCACCAGUCCUAUCUUAGAUAACUCGAAGGAAACAGAAUUAAAGAUAGCUCGCAAAGAGUUAAUAGAAGCGGACAGGAUUAUCCAGAGACAGGACACCAAAAUUGCCCAGCUACAAUAUGGCAAAAGAACAUGCGACAUCUCUCCAGACAAAAAAUGUGGAGAUCGCCAAUCUUCAGACAUCUUCCUCGCAGAUGUUGCGACUCUUGAUAAAAAACACGAGCCACUAAUCGAAGUUGCAGUUCAGAUACUUGGCCGUAAGAGAGAGCUUUCCAAACCUGGCAAUCUGAGAAACUCACCCCUGAUUGAGGAAGGUAAUUCUGCUGCUCAUGGUGGAAGAUGCUUAGCAGACUUGCAAAGAAUGGAAAUCAAGCCUAUGGAUGGCGACUCAGACUGGUUUGAAAAGGGGUAUGGCGUAACAGACAAAGGUGCUCAGAGGUUCAAGGGGAGUUCUGCGUUUCGAAAACUCAUUAAUAUGCGAUUCGACUUGCGAAAUCUCGAAUACAUCGAUCAGCAGAUUAUCAGCGAGUUUGAGACUACGUUCCAGAAAAUAAAGACGCAGAUCAACGAAAGUCUACCCGCGGAAGGCCAAACUGAUAAAGAUGAUGCAUAUAUCAUGGAGGCGCUGCUGUUGAAAGACCCAGUUGUUAAGGCAUUAUUUCAGGAAGUUUGUAGCAAUUGGGUCGCAGCAAUUGAUAAAGAUCAGACCACUCGCAAGGAGAUCAGGAAGGAUCCCAAAACGAUGUCUUUCGGACGAAGAUCUAACUUCUCUGGAAGAACAAAUCGUUCUAGAUGGAAACAAGGUAGCAGUAUCAUGGGAACUAUCAGUGAGGGCGUGAAGAGUGCAAUAGAGAAGAUUCUCUAG